AUGGCAUUGUGCGCACUUCAUUUGCAGCUCCGGUAUAGAGAGAAGAGCGAUGGAUUGACCGGACAGGAGCUUGACCAUGGCUGGAUGGUUUACUCUUCGAAGAAGAAGGAUCCUAACAACCCUGAUUCCUUCCAAAUGUGCGAGGCUCUAUUGACCAUGCUUGUGGAGCUUGGCAAGAGCAAACAGCAGGGGAAGGCAGUAACCUGA